AUAGGAUGGUCUUUCGUCAUCACAUUAUGUUCUUGUUUGGUUUAUUCUUUAUAUUGUUUAUAUUAGCGCAAGGACCUACAUGUGUACUUUCGGGACAAAUAAUCAGUAGAUUAAGCACGAGGACAAGUGUUGCUGCACCGACUGCUGUCAAAGGAAUACUUCUACCUCCAGGAACAAGGCGCCAUGGUCCAAAAAAAACUGUCCGAUUUGAAGAAAAUCUUCCAACGCUGCGUCCUAAAUUACCUGGGGCAGAAUCGCUUCGACGUCGAGGGGGACGGCGUAGACGCCGAGGACAAAUGCUAAGGGAGCGCCCAGAGCAAGUGUGGAUGGAGACAAGCUUUUAGGCAUCGCGACAUUACCAGGCCGAGGGAGCGAGAUUAAGUUUUAUAUUUGUCUGGGGGAACGAAUGGAGGACAGAUCACUUCGGCAAAACCUGCACCGGGCCACUAUAUGACCUCCAGUUCACGAUCGAAGAUGCCACAAAAAAAGAAGCCAAUAAAAAGUACAUCAGUGCGCUUUUCAACAAA